AUGCCCGCGCCAGCAACACCGGGCCGACUGCUGGUGACACUGGUGAUCCUGACGCUGACCCCCGGGGCCUUCAUCGCCGACUACAACCACACGCACCUGUUCAACCCACGCUGGCCACCACACGCGCGCUUCCACAACGCGCAGACGAUGAGCAUGAGCAUCGCGCUCACGCUGCCGACGCUGUGGUACGCAUGGCGCGGUCCGCGCUCCAGCACGCGACAGAGUACUGGUGCACCGGCAGCGGCGGCAGCAGCAGCAGCACAGGCAGACGACCUCGCCGACUCGAUCGUCACGGCCACCAUCUUCGCGACCAUCUAUCCACUCACGACGCUGACGGCCUGGUUUUUCCCGACCGUCUUGGCUGUGGAUCCCGAGUUUGGGACCGGGUUCCCGCAGUUUAAGAUCAUGACGACGGGGAUCGCGGUCGCGUGGGCGGGCUGUGCGUUGGAGUUGGCGAGGGUGAGGGGCGUGAAGGCGAAGGCGAGUGGGAAAGGUGCUUGA